GCUGGGGAGGGUCACCUGACCGUACAGGGGACUAGACAUGGCGUCGUGCUUGAUUGCCGGCGAUCGGCUGGUGCGCGCUUUGGCCCCUGGCGGGGAGCUGGAGCCAGAGCACCUUCCGCGCAAGCUGCGGGCAGAGCUUGAGGCCGCGUUGGAGAAGCACAAGGGUGGUGACCGCCCCAGGGCUUCCGCACGCCUGGUUCCCUUCCGCCUGAUCCGGGAUCUGCACCAGUAUCUGAGGGAAAGGGGUUCCACACUGUACCUUCAUGAGCUCCUAGAAGGCAGUGAGAUCUAUCUCCCAGAGGUGGUGAAGCCUCCCAGGAACCCAGAGCUAGUUGCCCGUCUGGAGAAAAUUAAGAUACAGCUGGCCAAUGACGAAUAUAAGCGGAUCACCCGCAAUGUCACCUGUCAGGAUUCAAGGCAUGGUGGGAUUCUAAAUGACCUGGGCAAGGAAGUGAGGUCAGUGAAAGCUGUGGUGAUCACCAUCUUCAACUUCAUUGUCACGGUGGCAGCUGCCUUUGUCUGCACAUACCUUGGAAGCCAGUACAUCUUCACAGAAAUGGCCUCGAGGGGUUGGAGGCUCAGGGCUGGUGGCUGGCCAUCCCCUGAGCCCGGUGUUUUCCCUCCCCAGCGGAUACUGGCUGCAGUGAUCGUCGCCUCUGUGGUGGGUCUGGCUGAGCUGUAUGUCAUGGUGCGGGUGAUGGAAGGCGAGUUGGGAGAGAUAUAACUGGUGCUUCAUCAUCAAAGUCUGGAGACAGUUUGGAGGGGCUCCAGGCUCCCAGCUGCCAAUCACUGACUCUGUCAGUCCAUCAGGUUCUUUGUACUCAGCUCUGGUUAGUCAGGGCCACGCCAGGGCCACCUGCUCUUUCUGUGGGCAGCCUCAUCCUCUGUCAACUGCCAGAGGCGGCAGUAGAGGAGACUUUGACAACUGAACAGAACUGGUCUGUGGGUACCUUCUCCUGGUCCUGAUGCCUGCCUGCCUUCUCCGGUCCAGUCCAGGCACUGUGGGCCUGGGGUUUUCCAUCGGGAGGAAAUAGAACCCAGGCCUUCCCGGAAGUGGGCCAUGCUGCCUGAACUUGCCCAAGUGUACAGAGCAGUCGUCACCCUUGUUCCACACAUCCUGGAUGCUGGCCUGUAACUUCGUUCUGAAGCCUCCAAACAAGCGGAAAGGAUUCCCUUUCUCCAGGUUAUGGGGAAGAACUGAUCGGAGGACAUAAAACAAGAAGAGGAAGAUGGGUCUGUACAGAACAGCAGAACUGGAAAUAAGGCAGCUAUCUUUUUGGAAUCUUAGUUUCUGUCUACAUUUUCUUCCUUCUGCUUGCCUUUUAGGUUUUCUAUAUGCUUCUGCCUGUCUCUAUCACCCACCUUCUUAAACUUCCCAUCUUCACAUCCCCUUUUGCUCUGUCUCCAAAAAUGAAAACAAUCAGGUCACAAAACAGUUUUUGCUUUUAAUUGCAAAAUCCCUUGUGCUUGUUUGUGUUUAUGGGGAGAGCAUGCCUACUGUGAGAUUGCCUCAACUAGUAAAGGGAGGGACAGGGAUGAUUUUCAUAUUUAACUACAUAUGAAUAUGAAUAAACAUACAUGAGUAUCUGCAUAAUAUAUACAUUAUGAAUAUGUAAACAUUUUUAUAUGUGAGCCUAAUACAGGAUGUUUUCUGUGGGGUUCUUAAACAUGUUUAGGUGAGUGUGGAAAAUAGUAUGUAAAUGCUCCCAGUUGACUAAUUGUUUUACAUAGUUGCUUUUGGUCUUUACAACAGUCCUGUAGGUUAGAAAAAGGAAAUGGUCUUAGGCUCUUUUCCAGAUGACAAAACUGAGGCCGAGAGAGAUCAAAUGAUCUACUGUGUUCCUUCCUCUAGUAAAUGGAGUCAAAAACUCCAAGAUGGUCCUGAAGUCUCUGUGUAAUGUUAAACUUCCGGAACUUAGAUUAGUAGUGUGAUAGAAUCUGUAUAAAGCACAAUAAAUAUUUAUUGUAUUCAGUGUA